GCCAGCGGUGACGUGGCAUUCUCACGUGCUCGGAAGCAGAACUCAGCGAGGAAGGGACGCAGGAUCGGCGCUGCGCACGGCUGACUCUCGCCGCGAUCCUUCGCGGGACGCCCUGCCUUCCUGUCCGCGCCCCCCCCCAGACGAAGAGGGCGAUGCUGAAAGCCGUGGUCCUCAUCGGCGGCCCCCAAAAAGGGACCCGCUUCCGGCCGUUGUCCUUUGAGGUGCCCAAGCCCUUGUUCCCUGUGGCAGGAGUGCCUAUGAUACAGCACCACAUUGAGGCAUGCACUAAGGUGCCCAACAUGAAGGAGAUUCUCCUGAUUGGGUUCUAUCAGCCCAAUGAGGCCCUCAGCCGAUUCCUGGUGUCAGCCCAGCAAGAGUUCAAAAUACCCAUCAGGUAUCUGCAGGAAUAUGCUGCGCUUGGCACAGGCGGUGGCAUCUACCACUUCCGGGACCAGAUCCUCUUGGGUAACCCUGAAGCCUUCUUUGUGCUGAACGCUGACGUCUGCUCCGAAUUCCCUCUGGGCGAGAUGCUCAGCUUCCACCGGCGACUUGGCAAUCCGGACAGCUUCCUCAUGCUGGGCACCACGGCCAACAGAAAGCAGUCUCUGAACUACGGCUGCAUUGUGGCGAACACUGAGACGCAUGAGGUCCUGCACUACGUGGAGAAGCCCAGCACUUUCGUCAGCGAGCUCAUCAACUGUGGCAUCUACUUGUUCACGCCGGCCAUCUUCCAUCACAUUGGCGCUGUCUUCCAACGGAACCAGCAGGAGCUGCUUCUGGGCGCAUGCCUUGGGGAGGAGAACACCAAUGGCUGGCAACGAGCUGAAGCCAUCAGGCUGGAGCAGGAUGUCUUCACAGCCCUUGCUGGGCAGGGACGCCUCUUUGCCUAUAAGACGGAGGGGUUCUGGAGCCAGAUCAAAUCUGCUGGGUCUGCAAUCUAUGCCAGUCGCCUGUAUCUGAGUUGCUACAGCCAGUGCCACCCAGAAAGACUUGCCCAGAACCAACCUGGUGGACCCACCAUCCGAGGGAAUGUUUAUAUCCAUCCUGCAGCCUCGGUGGAUGCCAGCGCUGUGCUAGGUCCCAAUGUGUCCAUCGGGAAGGGGGUGACGAUUGGCGCUGGCGUGCGUGUGCGUGAGUCCAUUAUUCUGCAUGGGGCUUCUCUCCAGGACCAUACAUGUGUGCUGAACAGCAUUGUGGGCUGGGAUAGCACCAUUGGACGCUGGGCUCGUGUAGAGGGUACUCCCAGCGACCCCAACCCUAAUGAUCCCUACGCAAAGAUCGACAGCGAGACUCUCUUUCGGGAUGGCCGCCUCACCCCAUCCAUCACCAUUCUGGGCUGCAACGUGACCAUCCCUGCCGAAGUUGUCAUCCUCAACUCCAUCGUUCUGCCCCACAAGGAACUGAGCCGCAGCUUCAAGAAUCAAAUCAUUCUCUGAAGGCGGAGGGCAGGAGGGGAACCUCCAGUUGCCCCCAGGUGGCAGAACAGAGGGAAGCCCCGGACAACGCUGCCCCCACCCUCAAGCCAUGGCCUCUUUGGACCUAGCAUGGGUCAUCACAGACUUCCCUCCAGGUCUGUUCAUGGAAGCGGCAGGAUGGGGGAUGUGAGCUUCCCUCUUGGGCUGCUGCUGCUAUGUCAGGUGGCUUCCCUACUCCUUCUUCAGCUGCCGCAGAACCUUUCCUGGAAGCAGGAGGCCGCCUCAUCCCGAGGCCGCAGUGCUGCCUUGCUACCAGCCAAAGGCACGUGGCAAGGAAAGGAUGUGUGGAUACGCUGGGGAGCCUUUAUUAAACCUGAGGGCUGCAUUCUCUCAUGCACACUCUUACGGAGGCCGUAUGGCAAUGGGUGGGGUGCUGGAGCUCAAAGUGGGUGGGGCAACAGAGCCUUGCCUUUUGUACUCCAGCCACGCAGUAAGAGGUUUUCAUAUACACACACCUGCCUUUAUCAAGGCAAGGAAGAGGCAACAUCGCAGUCAAAGGACCUAUUCCACCAGGCAAAUGUGCUGGUGGAGAGGGCAGAGCAGGGCUGGUGUGCUGUGGGAAGAGUCCCAAGGGGGUGGCUAGAGAGACCUGGAGGGUUCCCUACCCCUGGCCUAGGCCACUGAAGGACCCAGGGGUACAUCUGCAUGCCAUUUGGGCCUCGGAUGCAUUCGUUCAGCACCCCAUAUUUCCACUAGCUGCAGUGCAUUCUUCCUGAUUCCCCUUAGUACAGUGGUACCUCGGGUUACAUACACUUCAGGUUACAUACGCUUCAGGUUACAGACUCCGCUAACCCAGAAAUAGUGCUUCAGGUUAAG